AUUGCAAUGUGGAGCAUAGGAAAAUUCUCAGCAGAAGUAUUUCGUGCAGCAAAGAAAAAUCGAAGGAUCUCCAUGAAGAUGCUUUUUCUUUGUCAAUGGCUGGCACUAGUGCUCCAAUUACAUGCACAAUGCUCUCAACUGCUGUCAUAGCAGCAAAUUUGGUUGCAACACAUACUGCAAAUGCUUCGACUAUGGAUAACAUGAUGGAUUUUUCUAGCGCUGUCUAUACUUUAGCUGAUGGAAGCAUUGGAGAUCUUUUUGGUGGCCUUCUGUAUUCUGCAGGUCAACAAGCUAAUGAAGCUGUUCAGGGCCAGUUGACUGUUCUUAGUUUUACUAGUUUGGCCACUAUUUUUGGUGCCGGGCUUGUAACUAGCCUGUCACCUUGUACACUCAGCGUAUUGCCUCUGACCCUUGGUUAUAUUGGGGCUUUUGGUUCUGGGAAAAGCCGAGUAGCGGUUGUUGGAGAUUCAAUUGCAUUUGCACUGGGAUUGGCAACCACACUAGCAUUAUUGGGUGUUGCAGCUGCAUUUGCUGGAAAGGCAUAUGGACAAAUAGGACAAGGACUGCCUGUGGCUGCUUCCUUUUUAGCUAUUGUUAUGGGUCUAAACCUGUUAGAGGUAAUUGAGUUACAACUUCCCUCAUUUUUCGACAACUUUGAUCCUCGCUCAGCCGCUGCUAGCUUUCCUUCAAGUGUUCAAGCUUAUUUGGCUGGUCUUACAUUUGCAUUAGCUGCAUCACCAUGCAGUACACCAGUCCUUGCAACCUUGCUUGGCUACGUUGCUACUUCUCGGGAUCCAGUUAUUGGGGGCAGCUUGCUAUUGACAUACACUACUGGCUAUGUUACUCCCUUACUUCUUGCUGCUUCUUUUGCUGGAGCACUGCAGAGUAUACUUUCAUUUCGCAAGUUCUCAGCAUGGAUCAAUCCAAUCAGUGGUGCGCUACUACUAGGUGGGGGUGUCUAUACCUUUCUCGACAAGCUUUUUCCGGUGACAAUGGCUAUGUAGACUAAUCAGCUAUUCACAUAGCAACAACUGGAACAGGAAUGAGCUUACCUUCUUCUCAUUAAUGUUUGAGUUGCGAAUGCUCAGGCAAAGCACCAUGGAGUUACAUAGAUCAAAAUUCCAAACUAGUGAGCAAGCAAAGGUACGGUGUGUUCACACGACUUCCACUCCUACAACAGGUUGUAAAAACUAUAACAUAUUUAUUGAUACCAUACUGGAUACAUCUUUCAAUAGAAAUAAGAAAAACUUGAAUUAUGUAUGUAUGAGAAUGUUACGUCCAUGACAGCACUUGUGUAAAUAGAUAAAACCGUAUAACCAAUACAACCUUUUAAUGAAUUGUAAUUUGUUGUGUUAA